UGUGAAAACCAAGCCGAUUCCGCACGUCUCACUUUGACCCCAAACAUGCACCGGACGCCCUGGACAUCGUCUGGAUCCCUUACAUCUGACCGUAUACCAGCGCGACACCUCCCCGCAAAGCAACAAGCAAAAGGAAGGGGGCAAGGGCCUCCCAAAAGCAAGGCCGUCUUAGCACUCGAAACGCGCCUUCACAACCUAGAAUACGCUUCUGGGAAGGAGAAAGACCCCAAAGGCGGUUGUUUCUGUUUAGCCAGGGAACACGAUCUAUCUACCUACGUUCCCCUUUGCUAUGGCUGCGGCCUCGUUCUUUGCAAUCUCAACUUACCGCACUAUGCCUGCCCACAUUGUGGCGAGUCGUUCCUUGACAAUAGCCGUCGCCCGGCGUUAGUCGGCCAGAUACAAGAGGAGCUGUGUAUGCAAGUCGUGAAAGAGGACGAGGAACGGCAACGAGCUAUCGUGGAGGCUCGCAAGGCAGAGGGCGCAUUCCCCAUGCUUCCCGGUGCCGCCGGCGGUACACAGGGAGCACGCAAGGGCACGGCUGCCGGUCCCCAGUCAAGCCAUAAAGUCAUGUCGUUGAACAACACAACGAAGAAAGUAACCGUGUCGUCGUACACUGACACACCCGUUUCCUCGCGUCCACCAUCUCCCGCUCCGGAAGAACCCCGUAGGGUCCCUCCCCCUCCAAAAGAAAUAAGCUACGUGAAACAACCUCCAGAUCCAGCGCACACUUGGAAAAAUAUGCAAUUUCCCGACCUGCAAUAUGUUCCUCCUCCCAAAGACCCUAACACGCACGGCAAACAGCAGCAGAAGAAAGGCAGGGGACAAUAG